CCGCUCUCAAAAUAACAUAAAAAACGCAAGAUUGCUAACAUUGCAUAUGGUGUACCGUUACUUUUGACAGCUCUGGUUAAUAUUGUCUGAAUUUGGAAAAAAAAUUAAAUUUUAAGCUGUAAUAAUUGAUAUUAAAUAAAUAUUAACGCAUUUUAAAUAUGGAAAAACGUAAAUCUGUUAAUGAAAGAUUAAAAAAUAUAAAAUUACAGUGUAAUGUUAACAAAAAUCCGCCUGGAGUAAAAGCCAAGGCAAACGAAGAAACUAAUUUAGAAGAGUAUCCCAAAUUAAGAAAACCCAAACCGGCUACUUUGCUAAAAAUACAAGCAAGACAGAAAAAAACCGAUGAUGUAGCUAAGAAGUCAGUGGAAAGUUUUGAAGCUGCAGGCGAAAAACAUGUAAAGGUGCCUUUGCGCCAAGAAUUUCUCGAUAAAAAACAACAACUAGAAAAGGCUACCAGCAGUUUGUUGAAAAAAUAUGAAAUACGUAAGAUACAAGGUCGUCUUUUAGAUGAUGAUAUGUGUAGUUUAGAUUCCGAAGAGGCACAGCCUUUAACCCUACACCAGGAACUCGAUUUACAAUUUAAUGAUCUAAAAUUAAAGGAUAAUGAGAACAAAAUAUCUAAAGUUAAAAACAACAAAGAAUUAAACUUUCUCGAACAGCAUUUGGUUAAUAUUUUAUAUACUAAAGUACAAGCUCAUCCAAAUGGUUUCUUUGCGGAAAAUCUACCUUUAUGGUAUAAGAAAACCUUCGAUAAGGAUAUAGCUAAAGAUUGGCUAGAGUUGAUGGAAAGAUCACGAAAAUUUUAUAUAGAAAAUGUACAAAACAAGAUAGUACUAUAUAGCAAGGAGGCGGAAGAGGAAUUUAAGGAUUUAAAGGCUUCCGGAGAUAUGGCUGAAAACUCCGAAACAGAAAAGGAGUCUUCGUUAGGUUUUGUACGUUAUAAACAUUUAAAAAAAUCUUUACAGAAAAAUACAAAAAACGCUGGUCGUGUUGAAACUAAAACAAAUGACAAUUUCGUGAAGCCAAGUGAUAGAUUAAAUAAGAUUACCUUAAAUAAAAAAUAUAAUUUAGUUAAAAAAUAAUUUUAAAAUUAAAAAAAUCGGUUUCAAACUAUUUCGUAUAGAAAAAAUGUAUAAUU